AUAAAAAAGUAAACAAUUUCCCGAAAAUUAAUUACCGGUCUACCUAUUUCGAAUUUAUUUGCUAUAGGUUUAUGAGAAAAUGUUUUAAUUUUAAGAUCAAAUGAAAAAAAUACAGUCUUACAUUUUCUUGUAAUACUAAUGUGAACAAAAAUAUAAUUCAUUUCAAUUACAAAAUUAACCAAAUAUAAAUAUGAAACUGUACUGCCUAAGUAGUGAUGCUUCCAAGCCAUGCUUUGUGCUGUCAUUCAAGGAGUUGCUGAUAAUGUUGGAUUGUGGCCUGUCAGCACAUUCAGUUUUGAACUUCUUGCCUCUGCCUCCAGUACCAAGUACACGGCUAGCUUCUCUGCCUAACUACACACCUCCCCACAUCAAUGAUCCACUAUUAGAAGGAGAGUUGAAAGAAUGCUGUGGACGGGUAUUUGUAGACAGUGUUCCUGAGUUUUGUCCACCGCUGGACAAGGUGGUGGACUUCUCACAACUUGAUGUUAUAUUAAUAUCUAACUACACAUGUAUGAUGGCUCUGCCCUUCAUCACUGAGGAGACAGGGUUCAAGGGACAGGUCUAUGCAACAGAGCCCACACUGCAGAUUGGCAGGUUCUACCUGGAGGAGCUGUCGUCGUGGUUGUGCGGCGGCGGCGGCGGCGCGGGCGCUCGUCGCUGGAAGGAGCUGCUGCACGUGCUGCCGGCGCCGCUGUCGCUGGCGGCGAGACCGCGCGCCUGGCGACGACUGUACUCGGGCGACGCGCUGGCGCGGGCCCUGGCGCGCGUGCGGGUGGUGGGCUACGACGAGCGGGUGGACGUGUACGGCGCGCUCGACGCCACCGCCGUCAGCUCGGGCUUCUGUCUGGGCUCCGCCAACUGGGUGCUGCGCUCGCCGCACCACAAGGUGGCGUACGUGAGCGGCUCGUCCACGCUCACCACCCACCCGCGGCCCAUCAACCAGGCGGCCCUGCGCGGCGCCGACCUGCUGCUGCUGUGCGCGCUGACGCAGACGCCGGCGCACAACCCCGACCACAUGCUGGGCGACCUGUGCGUGCACGCCGCGGCCACGCUGCGCGCCGGCGGCUCCGUGCUGUGCCCCGUGUACCCGUCGGGCGUGCUGUACGACCUGCUGGAGUGUCUGUCGGCGCACCUGGAGGGCGCGGGGCUGGCGGCCGUGCCGCUGUACGUGGUGUCGGCGGUGGCGGACGCGUCGCUGGCGUACAGCAACAUCCUGGGCGAGUGGGUGUCGGCGGCCAAGCAGGCGCGAGUGUUGCUGCCCGAGGAGCCCUUCCCGCACGCCGCGCUGGCCCGCGCGGGCCGUCUGCGACACGCGCCGCACCUGCACGACGACGUGUUCAGUGCCGACUUCCGACAGCCGUGCGUCGUGUUCUGCGGACACCCGAGCCUGCGGUUCGGCGCCGCCGUGCACCUCGUGGAGCUGUGGGCCAACAACCCGGCACACGCCAUCAUCUUCACCGAGCCGGACUUUCCGUACGCAGAGGCGCUGGCACCGUUCCAGCCGCUCAGCAUGAAGGCUUACCACUGUCCCAUCGACACCUCGCUCAACUACUCGCAGGCCAACAAGCUGGUGCGCGAGCUGCGGCCCCGUGAGCUGGCGAUGCCCGAGCAGUACGCAGCACCUGCGCCCGCCGCGCCGCCGCGCCCGCACAUCAGCGCCGCUGACGUGCCCACGAUACUGUUGAAGCGGGGCUCGGCGCGGGCGGCCGGGCUGCGGCGGCGCGCCGCGCGCGGCACCCUGUGCGGCGAGCUGGCGGCGCGCGCCACGCCCCGCGAGCUGGGCGGGGCCGGGGGCGGCGCCGGGCCGCUGCAGGCCGCGCCGCUGCAGGCCGCGCCGCUCGUGGCCGAGCUGCGCGUGCGGGACGCGCGCGUGGAGCUGGCGGCGCCGGCCGAGGGCGCGGGCGAGGGCGCGCGGCUGCACUGGGGCGCGCUGGAGGUGGAGGCGCUGGUGCGGGCGCUGGCGCGGGAGGGCGUGACCGGCGCGCGCGUGGAGGCGGGCGCGGGCGCCAGCAUCGUGCACCUGCCGCGCCACGACACGCUGCUGCACCUGGAGCCCGCCGCCACGCACGUGUUCUGCGAGGGCCGCGCCCGCGCCGACCUGCGGCUGGCGCUGCGCCGCGCCAUCGCCGCCUGUCUGCCGCACGUGUGACCGCUCGUGUACACGUCCAAUACGUUACUAAAUAAUUUGAUACUUUAAAACUACUUACAAAUUUAAUUAAUUAAAUAAUUUGUCAACUAUAAA